GGGCGGCCCUGCGCGUCUACGCGGUCGGCGUGGCGCUCCUGGCGCUGCAGCUCCUGCGCCGCUGCCGCGGGGGCUUCUCGCAGCCAGCCCAGCCCUCCAUUUUAUUUUUAGUCGACUGCUGACAUCUGUGUAUCCUUGAAGGCCGAAGCGUGAAGUUUCAUACAUGAACCCGUUGGGGAAGGAUGGAAUUGAGAUGCUUGUCAUGUCAGCUGCUGUGGUUUUUUAUUUUUAUUUUUUCCAAUGAGACUUUAUUUCAUAUUUUUUACAAUUUUCUUGUAGUACUGGGGUUUGAAUCCGAGGCCUUUCCCCCUUGGCCCUUUUAAUAUUUUUUUAUUUUCCUAUGUUUUUAUUUCCCUAAGUUGCCCAGGCUGGACUAGAACUUGAGGAUCUCAGACUUCUUCAUCAUGGAACUUUUGACUCUGACGGGAACUGCUAGGACCCUGCAAAGACCUUUUAUCAGGUGCCCACGCCUGAGCCCACGCCAGGAUGGAGGCCCGAGCGCCGGAUGGCUCUGCGGCGGACCUCAAGCUGGUGGCUCACCCUCGCGCAAAGAGCAAGGUCUGGAAGUACUUCGGCUUCGACACCAACGCCGACGGCUGCAUCCUGCACUGGAAGAGGAUCUACUGCCGCAUCUGCAUGGCCCAGAUCGCGUACUCUGGCAACACCUCCAACCUGUCCUACCACCUGGAGAAGAACCACCCCGAGGAGUUCUGCGAGUUCAUCAAGAGCAACACGGAGCAGAUGCGGGAGGCCUUCGCCACUGCCUUCUCCAAGCUCAAGCCGGAGGCCUCCACGUGCGGCCCGCAGACCCCGCCCGAUGCGGCCAUGGCGGCUUCGGCAGGCGUCAAAGCCGGACACGGCCUGGACAGCAAGAGGCAGCACGACCUCUCGGCCGCUGUGCUGGGGCUCAUCUGCGACGGGCUGUACCCCGCAUCCAUUGUGGAUGAGCCCACCUUCCGGGCACUGCUGCGGACGGCUGAGCCCAGGUAUGAGCUGCCGGGACGCAAGUUCUUCACAGGCAAGGCCAUCCCGGAGCGGUGCGCGGUCGUGCGCCACGCGGUGGCCAAGGAGCUGGCCGAGAUGCCCUGGUGCGGCCUCUCUGCCGACACGUGGACGAGCCACAGCCAGAACCGCACCUACGUCACGCUGGCUGCCCACUUCCUGGCCGCGGACACCCCCGGCUGCCUGGCGCUGGGCUCCCGCUGCCUGAAGACCUUCGAGGUGCCGGAGGACAACAGGGCGGACAGCAUCACGCGGGUGCUGUACGAGACCUUCGUCCAGUGGGGCAUCAGCUCCAAGGUGGUGGGCGCCACCACGGAUGCAGGCAGGGACAUUGGCAAGGCCUGCUCCCUGCUGGACAUCGCGGUGCAGAUGCCCUGUCUGGCCCACACCUUCGAGGCCGCCGUCCAGCAGGCGUUCCGGCUGCCCAAGCUGGCCGGGCUGCUGGCGCGCUGCGGCCGGCUGGUGGAGUAUUUCCAGCAGUCCCCGGUGGCGCUGUACAUGCUGGGCGAGAAGCAAAAGCAACAGGGCUCCGCCGCGCCACGCAUGCUGCGGAGUGCCCGCGUGGGCCGCUGGGGCAGCACGCUGGGCAUGCUGCAGCGGCUGCAGGAGCAGCAGUUCGCGGUGGCCGGUGUGCUGGUGGAGGACAGCAACAACCACCACCUGAUGCUGGAGGCCGCCGAGUGGGCCACCGUGGAGGGGCUGGUGCAGCUGCUGCAGCCCUUCCAGCAGGUGGCCGAGGUGCUGUCCGCCUCCAGGUACCCGACCGUCAGCAUGGUCAAGCCGCUGCUGCACAUGCUGCUGACCUCCACGCUGACCGCCAAAGACACAGACUCCAAGGAGAUCAGCAUGGCCAAGGAGGUCAUCGCCAGAGAGCUGGCCGGUGCCUACCGGGAGCCGCCCGACGUGGACAUGUUCCUCAACGUGGCUACCUUCCUGGACCCGCGCUACAAGCGGCUGCCCUUCCUGUCGGCCUUCGAGAGGCAGCAGGUGGAGAAGCGUGUGGUGGAGGAGGCGGAGGCGCUGCUGGAGAAGGCCAAGGACGGCUCCUUCGAACCCCAGCCACCGCCCGAGGACAGGGUCUGCCCGGCCGCGGUGUCGGAGGAACCUGCGGCCAAGAAGCCUGCGCUGGCCGCGUCCAGCAGCAUCAUCCACGACAUGCUGGCCGAGAUCUUCUGCCAGACAGGUGGUGCGGACGCACAGGAGGAGCGGCACGCGCAGGUGCUGGAGGAGCUGAGUAACUUCAAGUCGCAGAAGCUGCUGGCCCUGCACGAGGACCCGCUGCGCUGGUGGGCCGACCGCCGCGCGCUCUUCCCGCUGCUGCCCCGCGUGCUGCAGAAGUACUGGUGCGUGGCGGCCACCCGCGCGCCGGCCCAGCGCCUGUUUGCAUCCUCCGCCAACGUGCUGAGCACCAAGCGUAACCGCCUGUCACCGGCCCACGUGGACCAGCAGAUCUUCCUCUACGAGAACGCGCGCUGCCAGGGCGGCAGUGCCGGGGUGGACGCCGAGCUGGAGGAGGAGGAUGAGGGCGACUGGGGCGUGGACCAGGAGCAGCUGGACCCUCUGGGGGACACUGGGGGCGGUGGCUUCUUCGGAGGGAGGGAUGCCAGCCUCCUGUAGGCCUGGGGAAGGGUCUCGGGGUGCUGGCUGCCUGACACCCCAGAGGCAGCCCCAGUGCAGCCACAAGAAGGAGCAGAGAGACGCACGCCGGAGCCAGGCAGCAAGUCUGGCUUUCCCUGCUUGCUCUGGGCACCCAAGAGGGGCACCCCGAAUGCCCCCCACACGAGCUCGGGGUGCCCCUGGGAUCCUUAGGGUGUAAGGCCAGCAGAGCUUGGGUGGAGGACUUUGGAUGGACGCUGAGACCCGCACGGAACAGACAGACAGCUCAAGGAGGGAGGGAGAAAGGGUUUUGCAGAAGCACAGAGGCUUUGAGAGUGUUUUGCAGAAGCACAGAGGCUUUGAGAGGGGUGUGCAGAAGCACAAAGUCUGAGAGGGUUUUGCAGAAUCACAAAGUCUGAGAGGGUUUUGCAGAAGCACAGAGGCUUUGAGAGGGUUUUGCAGAAGCACAGAGGCUUUGAGAGGGGUGUGCAGAAGUGGGAGGGAGGCUCGGAGAGGAAGGAGGCGGGUUGGGGUUCUGGUGUCAGCGCCAGCCGCAGUGUGAGACGCGUGUGGGACAAGCGCUGUAGCUCUACACCCGGUCUCGCCCCAGAAGGGUUUGGGAUGAGGACAGGGCCGGCAGGCAGCGGACAGAGGCAAAGCUGCUUCCCCAGCAGAGCUCAGCGGGAAGAUCGGAGGCGGGGGUGGUACCUUUGUGGCUGUGUUGCUGGGAAGCCCUGUCUCUCCCCCGCCCUGCGGAAAUCCGUCCCGUGCAACGUCCUCCGAGCCUUGGUUUGUGGCCCUGGCUGCCCAGGCCGUGGUUUCAUUUUCCAAGAAUCCUUUCUUCCCCCCAGGGUGAGAGUGGCAACCCUCCCUACGUGCGGUGCGGCGUCUUGAAACUCGCUGAAGGCCAGCUUUGCAGCGUAGAGGGCCAAGGCGGGACAUCCCAGGCGCCGUAGAUUUUCAAAAGGAAGCGAUGGAAAUUUUCUUGUUCCCCGAGAUGUGGAAAGGAGAAACACCAACCUACCCUCCUUUUUGAAGGGAUGUCCCAGCGCUCUGCGAGGCGGAAGCAGGGGAAUCUCAAGUUGGAGGGCAGCCUGGGCAACUUCUGCAGCUCCCUAGGAAAAUGAGGAUCGCCCCAGCCAGCUGCCUCUCUGUCUCUCCUCUUUUUUUCAAAAAAAAUUUUUAAAAAAAACCUACAGUCACUAGCACUCGCCUUUACCUUCUCUUGCGUCAUGUAAUGCUUUAAAAAUUGACUCCUGUUCCGUACACCGAAGAAAUAAACCAGCUGCUAACGAAUGCA